AGACUACAAUAUGUCUUCAAUAUGGCAAAAGAAAAUAAUGGAGUUGAUAAUGCCAUUCUGCCACCAUCAUUGGAGAAGUUAACCAUAGUGGUUUGUCCUCGAUUUGCAAAGUUCAUUAUUCAACUAGUCCACAAACGGCUUCAACUAAAGGAGUUACGAAUCUCUGAGUUGGGACAAGACAAUGUGUGUGACACUAUUAAUUGGGAGAAUGUAUUUCAAAUUCAAGGCAGACACUUGUUCUCAAAGAUAGAGAUUUUAAAUAUAAAGGGUAUACAUCAGUUGCAGGGUCCCAUCCAAGUUGCAAGCCUUCCUUAUCUUAAAGACUUAAAAGUGUCAAGUUGUAAAAGGCUGAAAUCUCUCUUCUCUUCUAUGCUUGCUCCAAAUAUGCCGCAAUUGAAAGCUUUGAAAAUAAAGUGUUGUGAGGAGUUGGAAGAAAUCAUUGAAAUGGACCAAACUUCAAUAGCUAUCAUCAUCACAGAGUCAUCUCCAACCUAUACUCCUUCCCUAGUCUUGAAUUUAUAUCUAUUUCUGGGUGCAGCAAAUUUGAAAAGCUUGUUUCCUAUUAGUGUCGCCGCGUUCUUUUGCCAACCUCGAGAGAAUUGA